CAGCAUAUUAUAAUUCCUGUCCACAACCCCAGAGUCUGUUCUCAGGCUGCCUGAUUGGCUUAAUGAUGACAAACACAAACAGGAAUCAGAUGACCGAGAGGUUCCUGGAUCUGACCCUGGAGGUCAACUACCUGCUGACUGGAGAGUUGGUUCCACACACAGAAAUGAAAAUGGAGAAUAUUACACUUCAGUUUCUUCUCAGGAUUUUACAACCGAAGAUAAUAAGAGAACAAUUAAUCAAAACAUGAGCUGUGUUGCAGUCAGUACAUCAAGCAGUAAAUCUUUGAGUCAUGAAACUACAGAAUCCGAGGAAGCAAAUCUCAGAUACAUUAAUACGCCCAUAGAACAUAUACUGACUGAAGAUCCAUCUCCUCAUAUUAAGGAGGAAUCAGACUCGUAUGAGGAAAGGCAUCUCCCAGACACAGACAUUUAUACACCCACAGAAGAUGCACAGAUAGAAUAUCCAUCUACUUAUAUCAAGGAGGAAGCAGACUCGUAUGAGGAAAGGCAUCUCCCAGACACAGGCAUUUAUACACCCAUACAAUAUUUGCAGACUGAAUAUCCAUUUACUCAUAUUAAGGAGGAAUCCGACUCGUCUGAAGAAAAAGCAAGUGUUCAAUCUGCUAUUUAUACAACCAAGUUGGGUAUAAAAAUGGACUAUACAUCAAAGUGUAAUUCGGCAUCAAAUGAGAGAGAAAUUCUUAAUAACACUAAUAUUUAUGUACACACAGAUCAUACACAGGCAGAAUAUCCACCUGACCUUAUUAACAAAGAAUCAGCCUCCUGUGAAAUCAGCACUCUCUCCAGUAUCAAGGUUUAUACACCCACAGGAGAUAAACCGAUGGACUAUACAUCAAAUAAUGAAUCCUUAUCAUACAAAGAAGAAAAUCUCAGCGACAUAGACAAUUACGCACCCACAGAACAUACACAGACAGAAUAUUCAUCUACUCUUAUUAGGGAGGAAUCUGCAUCAUAUGAGGAUGGACAUUUCACCACCUUAGACCUUCUUACCCCUACUUGCCAUACUGGAAUACAAAACAAAGAGAAUAGUAGCUGCUAUGAUGGUGCUAAAGUUUUGUCUACCAAUUCAGAGAUGGAUCAGAGUGUCCACAAAGGAAACAAAUUGACCAGUGCUGAUUACAUUGGACGUGAGUGUUUUAGUCAGAACUCAUAUUUUAUGAGACAUAAGAGCGCCCCCAAAGGAGAGAAGAUAAUGUCUUGUUCUGAAUGUGGGAAAUAUUUUGCUCAAACUUCGGAUCUCAAGAGACAUAUGAGGAUUCACACAGGAGAGAAACCAUUUUCAUGUUCAGAAUGUGGGAAAUGUUUCACUCACCCUUCAACUCUUAAGCAUCAUCAGAAGAUUCACACAGGAGAAAAACCUUUCUCAUGUUCAGAAUGUGAGAAAUGUUUCACUCGCAUGUCAGAUCUUAAAUCACAUCAGAGGAUUCACACAGGAGAAAAACCAAUUUCUUGUUCUGAAUGUGAGAAAUGCUUCGCUCAAAUGUCAGAGCUUAGGAAACAUUUUAGGUUACACACAGGAGAGAAACCAUUUUCAUGUUCAGAAUGUGGGAAAUUUUUUACUGACCUUUCAAAUCUUAAGAGACAUCAGAAGAUUCAUAAACGAUAGAAAUACUUCUGAUUCUGAUUGUGGGAAAUGAUUUGCUUAAAUGCCAAGGAUUAAAAAAACUUAUGAGGAUUCACAAAGAAUUAACUCUUUUGCUAAGAACAUAUUCAUAAUUUUAAGGGGUUUUAGACAUCAGAGGAUUCACACAGAAUAGCAGAUUUUCGGGGUUAAUGAGUCAAGUGAGAAUUCAAGGGGAAUUCAAAGUUAAUUUCAACUUAAAGUUCAAAAUGGCUGAAGUGGAAAAUUUCUGUUAAAUUCGUUAUUCUUUCAGUUUAGCCACUCUGGUGUUAAAUUUGAAAUUCCCUUCAUAUUC